AUGCCGAUACUUGACGGCAAAGAAAUUGAUAUAUUUUUUAGUGAAGAAGAUCUUCCAUAUGAAGAAGAGAUUCUAAGAAACCCCUUUUCUGUGAAGCAUUGGCUUCGCUAUAUUGACCACAAGAAAGCUGCUCCAAAAAAUGAAAUUAAUAUGAUAUAUGAGAGAUCCUUGAAAGAGUUGCCAGGUUCCUUUAAAUUAUGGUAUAACUAUCUGAAGUUAAGAAGAAGUCAAAUUAAGGGCAGAUGCAUUACAGACCCAUCCUAUGCGGAUGUUAACAACUGCUUUGAAAGAUCCUUAGUAUUUAUGCAUAAAAUGCCCAGGAUAUGGAUGGAUUAUUGUACAUUCUUAACUGAUCAAUGUAAAAUUACAAUUACUAGAAAAGCUUUUGAUAGUGCCUUAAGGGCCUUACCUAUUACACAACAUCAUAGAAUAUGGCCCCUUUAUUUAAACUUUCUUAAAAAGCAUAAUAUUCCUGAAACUGCUGUUCGGGUAUUUAGAAGAUAUCUUAAAUUGAGCCCUGAAGACACUGAAGAAUAUAUUGACUACCUUAUAUCUAUAAACAAAUUAGAUGAAGCAGCAGUGAAGUUGGCACAAAUUGUCAACAAUGAAAACUUUCAGUCUAAGCAUGGCAAAUCAAACCAUCAACUAUGGAAUGAGCUGUGUGAGCUGAUAUCAAAAAAUCCUGAGCAAAUACACUCUCUUAAUGUAGAUGCAAUUAUAAGAGGUGGGCUAAGGCGCUACACUGAUCAACUAGGACAUUUGUGGAACUCUUUAGCUGACUAUUAUGUGAGAAGUGGUUUAUUUGAAAGAGCAAGAGACAUCUAUGAAGAAGCUAUACAAACAGUAACCACAGUAAGAGAUUUCACACAAAUUUUUGAUGCAUAUGCACAAUUUGAAGAACUAAGUUUGAGUAAAAAAAUGGAAGAAGCAGCAAAAAAGACAAACCCUACAGAAGAUGAUGAUAUUGAUCUGGAACUUAGACUUGCAAGAUUUGAACACCUUAUGGAAAGAAGACUGUUGUUACUUAACUCAGUACUUUUAAGGCAGAAUCCUCAUAAUGUAGCAGAAUGGCAUAAAAGAGUUAAACUGUAUGAAGACAAACCACAUGAAAUCAUUGAUACCUAUACUGAAGCAGUACAAACAGUAGAUCCUAAACUAGCUGUUGGUAAGUUGUAUACACUAUGGGUUGGAUUUGCAAAGUUUUAUGAAAAGAAUGAACAAAUAGAAGAUGCCAGGCUCAUUUUUGAAAAGGCUACACAAGUCAACUAUGCUAAAGUUGAUGAUCUUGCUUCAGUCUGGUGUGAAUGGGCAGAAAUGGAAAUCAGACAUGAAAACUAUGAAGAUGCUCUUAAAUUAAUGCAAAAAGCUACAGUGCUGCCAAGUAGAAAAGUUGCCUACCAUGAUGAUACUGAAACAGUGCAAAUGAGAUUAUAUAAGUCUCUUAAAGUAUGGUCCAUGUAUGCAGACUUGGAGGAAAGUUUUGGUACAUAUAAAUCAUGUAAAGCAGUAUAUGAUCACAUUAUAGAUUUGAAAAUUGCUACACCACAAAUUAUAAUAAACUAUGGUUUAUUUUUAGAAGAACACAAUUACUUUGAAGAAGCUUUUAGAGCAUAUGAAAAAGGUAUAGCACUUUUCAAAUGGCCUAAUGUUUAUGAUAUUUGGAAUACUUACCUAACAAAGUUUUUAAAAAGAUAUGGGGGGUCUAAACUUGAAAGAGCAAGAGAUUUAUUUGAACAAUGUUUAGAACACUGUCCUGCAGAGUUUGCAAAAUCAAUAUUUCUCCUUUAUGCAAAACUGGAAGAAGAGCAUGGCUUAGCUAGACAUGCUAUGGCGGUAUACGAGAGGGCAACAACAGCGGUUCUACCAGAAGAAAUGUUUGAAAUGUUUAAUAUUUAUAUUAAAAAAGCUGCUGAAAUAUAUGGUGUUCCAAAAACUCGUCAGAUAUAUGAAAAGGCUAUUGAGACACUUCCUGAUGACAAGGCAAGAGAAAUGUGUUUACGAUUUUCAGAAAUGGAGACACGUCUGGGCGAAAUAGAUAGAGCUCGUGCUGUAUAUGCACAUUGUAGUCAAAUGUGUGAUCCAAGAAUUACUGCUGAAUUCUGGAACACAUGGAAAGAAUUUGAAGUUAGGCAUGGUAAUGAAGAUACAAUGAGAGAAAUGCUAAGAAUUAAGAGAAGUGUUCAAGCCACUUACAAUACUCAAGUAAAUAUGAUGUCUGCACAGAUGUUAAGUUCAGCAGCACAAGCAGCUGGUACUAUUUCAGAUCUUGCUCCAGGUAUGAAGGAUGGUAUGAGAAUGCUUGAAGCAAAAGCUGCUGAAAUGGCUGUUCAAAGCAAGGGUAAUAUUGCAUUUGUACGUGGAGAAACACAAGGUCUUAAUAGAGAAAGUGGGGAUAAGGUAGUCAAUCCUGAUGAGAUUGACAUUGAUGAAGAAUCAGACAACAGUGAAGAUGAGGAAGAAGAAGCUCCAGUUCAAAAGAAAGAAAUUCCUGCUGCUGUUUUUGGUGGUCUGGUUAAAGAAAGUGAUUAA